GAGAGAGGUUUAGGCUAAACCCCAGAGCUGAACUUCAAUUAUCAACAACAAAUAAGAAAUGCUGCUUUAUCGCUCUGCUCCAAUGCUCAAUUUCUACAAAUUAUCCCCUAAACUCAUAACAUUCUCACAAUUCAAGCACUCAUAUUCACAUCUCUCUAAUUCUUCAUUCUCUUCUCCACUCAAAAUCCGCUUAUUAUAUCUCAAUCAAUCAUUUCAGGAACCUUAUCGUCAUUUCUCCACUUCCGCCGCCGCUAUUCCCGCCGUUAAUACCAGUAACGACACCUUCUUCGCCAACGACGACGUUUCCUGGUCUUCUCUUGGUCUGUCCGAACGUCUCUGUCAAGCUAUCUCCAAUUCCGGUCUCGAGCGACCGUCUUUAGUUCAGGCUGCAGCUAUACCAGCGUUACUGUCGGGGAAAGAUGUGGUGGUUGCGGCGGAGACUGGUAGUGGAAAAACACAUGCGUACCUAGUUCCUUUAAUAGAGAAGUUGUGUAGUCCUCUGCCGCUAGACGAUGAAGACGGCGCUUCGAAUGACGAAUUGAGGCUUUCUCUAGUUCUUUGUCCUAAUGUAUUGUUGUGUGAGCAGGUUGUUCGUAUGGCUAAUGGCCUUUGUGAUGACAAUGGGGAACCACUUCUUAAUGUUAGUUCGCUUGGCGGUCGACAGGGAUGGCCAGUUAAGCGACCGGAUAUUAUCGUGUCAACACCAGCUGCUCUUCUCAAUAAUAUUGAUACGAGAAAAGAACGGAGGUUGAAUAUUAUGCGUGCAGUGAAAUAUGUGGUAUUUGAUGAAGCAGAUAUGCUUCUAUGUGGAAGCUUCCAGAAUCAGGUUAUCCGUCUUAUAAACAUGCUCCGUUUUGAUGAAAAGCAUCCGUCUCAAGGAAAUGAUUUGACACCUAAGGACGUUGUGGAAUUAGGUUCUGAUUCUCCUCCAGCGGAGUCUGCCAUAGAAGAAGAAGAUGAAGAAGAAGAAGAGGAAAUCCAAAAUGAAUCCAUCUUAGAAGAGGAAGAAGAUGUUGAAGGCGGUUUUGAAGUUGGGGACUUAAAAGAGGAAGGUAAAGCUGGGUCUACCAACAGAAAAGAUUGGAGGAGAGUACGGAAAAUUUAUGCCCGCAGUAAGCAGUACAUCUUUGUUGCAGCCACUCUUCCUGUAAAUGGGAAAAGAACUGCUGGAGCAACAUUGAAACGGAUGUUUCCAGAUGCCAGUUGGAUUAGUGGAAACUACCUUCACUGUCACAACCCUAGAUUGCAACAUAAGUGGGUUGAAGUUACAGUUGAUACCCAGGUGGAUGCGCUUAUAGGUGCUGUGAACCACGAAUCUGAAUCUGGAAUUGAAAUAAGUAGAACUAUGGUUUUUGCAAACACUGUUGAAGCUGUUGAAGCAGUAGUUAAAAUAUUGGAGGGAGCUGGGAUUGAAUGCUAUCGCUAUCACAAAGACACUUCUUUGGAAGAACGUGCACAAACGUUAGUUGAUUUCAGAGAGAAAGGUGGAAUUUUUGUGUGCACUGAUGCCGCUUCACGGGGAAUUGAUGUACCAAAUGUGUGGCAUGUUAUCCAGGCAGAUUUUGCCACAUCUGUUGUAGAUUUCUUGCAUAGAGUUGGUCGUACAGCUCGAGCUGGUCAAUAUGGACUUAUCACUAGCUUGUACACUGAAGCCAGUAGGGACCUUGUUGAUGCAAUUCGUCAAGCAAAGAAACUUGAUCAACCUGUGGAGUCUGCUUUUAGCAGAAAAAGGAGCUUCAGAAAUAAACUUAAGAAGAGAGGCCUAAGCAAAUUGAGAGAUUCAUCAAGUGACGAAAUGGUGAGAAUCUAGAUAACUUGACAUGUAAAGGAGCUUAUACGUUCACCGGUGUGCUCAGUAUUUACUUCUAAUUUUCAUUAUGUACCUUAUAGUAACUUGUUAAAUUACAUUGACAAUGGAACUUUCUUGUCACAA